GAACACUGCAUCGAUAACCUCCGCCAGACCACCAUGUGCAAAUCCAACAUCAGUACCAUCCCCUGGAUAUACAUUGGACGAGUGCACGCAAACUUCCCCUCGGCCAAGACGACACACAUCUGCCGCGACUUUGACAAGCUCACGAAGUAG